CACAGGAGUGAGAAGCAGCUGAGAAACUGCAACAUGGCGGACCCAUCGUCGUCUUUGGCCAUGUGGGCAUGGAUGCUCAGCUGGUUCACGCCCUCCUCGCUCUUCCUUCUCCUCAACCUCAUGAUCGGCAUCAUAGUCCUCAGCUCCCACUACGGGACCCACAAAAAACCUGAGCACCAACAACUGCAGCAGCAAGAAGAGCAACCCGGCCUGUUCAGCUCGCCUCGACUCGAACGAACCCCCUCACUCUUGGACCGGGUCCGUUCGAUAAACUUAUCCCACUACAAAUUCGAGCAACCGAAUCCGGAAACCCAUUACGCGCCACAGCAUGCAGAUUUAGAUAAUUCGACCGGAUCAAACCGGACUCCCUCACCCCAACUCGAACGAACUCCCUCGCUAUUGGACCGGUUUCGAUCCAUCAACUUUUCCCACUACAAAUUUGAACAAUCCACCAGCCCAGAAGUCCAAUCCGGCGAAUCAGCAGCACAACUUCCUGGUUCGAGUCAGACAGACAGCAAUAGUCCGGUCGGGUUAGCUAGGACACCCUCGCUCUUGGAGCGGCUCAAGUCGAUGGAUUUCCCAUUCUACCGGCCCGAACAUGCCGACCCAGAGAAUAAAAUUCAUGAACCGGAAGAGUCCGAACAUGAGGCCCGCGAUCCGAGUUUUAGUGAAGAAAACUUGGUUCAUCGGAAUAAGUCGAACUCGGGUAAUGGGGCUCGGGUAAACCAGCGUGAGAAGAUAAAAAAGUCGACCAGCGAUAACUCGCUGCUUCGAGGAGGGGUUGAAGGAAACAACAAAGAAACGGACAUUAGGCCGGCGAUGCCGAGGGUGAAGAAAACGAAAUCGUUUGGAGGACACGAAGCGGUUGAUGCGAAAGCUAACGAUUUCAUAAACAAGUUUAAGCAGCAGCUGAGACUGCAGAGGCUCGAAUCAAUUAAAAAAAGUAGCCAAUAAUAAGGUUAUUGUGUUUUUCCUUUUUAAAAAUAAUAAUAAUAAUUUAUUGGUUUA